AUGCUACAUGAAUUGCUGUUUGUACUAUUAGGCUAUCCAGGAGAUGUAUUUGUGCCCUCUCCAGCCAACGCAAGCACCACAUUCGCCAUCCCUCACAACUUUCCUCUGCUGCAUCCAACAGAACGCGAGUGUUUGAAUCGAUUAGGACAGUUGGGAUGGACCUAUCUGCAAAUCAACCAAUUCAUAGCAUCCGUCAAAGACUUGAAGCUGCUAGGAGCCAGACAAGAUACCAAUCAACCGCAUGGUGCCUACAUUCAAGCACUUGUCACCUGCAUCGAACAUACACUCAACGACUACCGCUCUGAUAUACUCAACAUGGAACAACGCAUUCUCAACAGACACGACGAAGCAGGUGGCGAUAUCGUACCAUUAGCACUCAUCACUGCCAACCUCAGUCGAUGGGAGCUGCUACUGCCCGCCUUGUACAAGUUUACUCAACUUCUACAGCGGAAUCCAGCAAAGUAUCAUGGAUGUCGACUCUUUGACUUGCUGAUGGAUCAAUCCAGAACAGGCGUCCUCGAGUUCCGCGCAGAGAUUGAAAAGAUGAUGGCACAGUUGCAUAAUGUGUUGUACAGACAAUUGACAGCCUGGAUGGUGUAUGGCCAGUGGGUGGAUCCUGACAACGAGUUCUUUAUCGUGCCGUAUUCAGCAGAGGGAAGACCAUCGACAGCAACAGCGUGGAAUAGGCUCUAUGUCAUUGACUACGACCGCAUCCCUUCUCACUUGCCACAUGCGCUGGUAGAGUCUAUUUUGUUUGUGGGAAAGGCAAUUGCAACAGUGAAUGAAAUGGAUAAGCUGCCCAUGUCGAUCAGUCGGCACGACGAUGAUUCCCUGCUACCAUUUGCUUCCACCAGACGAUCUUUUCAGCACUUGCAACAAUUGCACAAGAUCAUGAUACCGUUGGACAUGAAAAAGAGACAUCUACAGCUGUUGUUAUCCCUGCAUUCAUCAUCAUUCUCGUCAUCAACACAAUGCGCAUCCUCGCCAUGGAUUCGAUACCCACAACAAUUACAAGCCAUCGUGAGCCAAGUGAGGAAAUCAACAGCAGAGUGGCUAUUUACGCAGGUGCUUAUUGGCGAUCAUGGACUGCACCGCUACCUGGAGUCAUUCAGACAUGUAUUCUUGCUAAAAUAUGGAGAUUUAGCCUCCAAUUUCAUAGACGAAUGUGCAUUAUGGCGUCGAAAAACACUGCAGAAAGGAGGAGGCAACAAGGUAGCAGCAAAACCACCGGGCAAUCCGAGCAAAACUGCUGUUAUUUUCAGAUACCAAGAGUUGAACGCAUUACUGGGCAAAGCGUCUAUUGGCACAGACGCAGAGGACCAAUUGCAAGGAUUCAAGUUGCUGUUACAGGAGGAUCAGACGAGACAGUAUUCGUUUGCAGAUUUAUUGCUGGUUGAUUUACGCAUGGUGCUCACCUUUGAUCUGGAAUGGCCCAUUGAUCUGUUUCUAAGUAAAUCUGAUCUCAAGAAUUACAGUCAUUUAUGGUCCUUCUUGAUCAGCCUGAAGAAUACGCAAAUAUCGCUAAAUAACCUGUAUAAACUGCUUCGAUGUCAUCAGGAAGAUGCAGGUGCCAUCAACAAGACGAGCAACGAAUACUAUGAGCGAGUCGUGUGGAGAACCAGAGCAUCGAUGCUGUUUUGGGUGGAUACCAUGUGGAAUCAUAUCCAGUCUCAGGUGAUUGAUGUCCAUUACCAACAGCUGAUUUGCAGCACCAACACCAGUGAUCCAGCGACAGCGACAUCAAUAUCAGCAUCGAAAAAGAAAACAUGGCAGCCAAAAGCGAGACUAGACUUUGAAGAGAUCCAAGCAGCUCACGAGCACUUUUUGCACAACACCAUGCGAGGAUGUCUCCUUGUGUCCAAUGAUUGCGUUGCUACAAUGCACCAUAUACUGAAAACUUGCUUGCUGUUUUGCGAUUUAAUGGAGAGGAUAUCUCAGGAUGGGCAGUGGAGAACAAGCAAGAGACGCAAAACGACAGCCAAGACAGCAGCUGAAAUUGUAAAUCAAUGGACCAAAUCCACCACGGUGUCAUGGAUGGAAGAUGUUGUUUCUUUGCAGGAGAAAUUCAAUGAAUACACUGACAAAUUCUUUGUGUUGGUAUCGUCUCUACAGCCGGAUAUCAAAGCAAGCGGUCAAUUGGAUGUACUAUUGAUGCAAUUAGACUACAAUAAAUGGUUUUCAAAGUGA